AUGAGCGAUACGAAUAUUGAUAUGUCAUGCGAUCCGGCUAACCCCCGGCGCUCGCUGGUAUCCGGGCCAGCGAGUGUGAAAUAUGUCACCGAAGACUGCACGGGAGUAGGCGACCAGGCUCCCGCGACGGUAAAUACGACUGGCAGCACAACUAAAAAACUUACCCAACAGGUAUUCCACCCAAGCCUAUUCAUAGCGAGACCUCGGUCAUCAUCGUUAGAAAAUAUUAAGGCAAUAGACUCAGUAAAUCAGCCGAAUACACCGUCAGUGAUGAUAAAUACUAUAAAGGAUAGUGACAACAAAGCUUGCCCUCCCCCCUGGCAAAGAGUACCAACAGAUCGCAACCCUAAAAGGAAGAGAUUCUCCAACAGCCCGCCUCAAACUGCAACAGAGAUAACUACUUCAAACAGAUUCAGUGAGCUUCCCAUAGAUCUAACUGAUGACACAACUGAAAACCCAUCCACUCAUGUCAAAAAAAGUAGCAAACCACCACCAAUUAUACUAUAUGGCAUAGAAGACCUAACAAAGUUAACAGAACUAUUAAACAAUACUGUACCCAGCGACAGUUACUCAUAUAAAAUUAUUAAUAGAGAUCAGUUAAGAGUGAUGACACGCUCAACUGAAAUAUAUAAGGAUCUUAUAGAACUCAUCCGGAAUAAUGGCCUCAUUGGUCAUACUUUCACACAAAAACAGAAAAAAUGCUACCGAAUUGUAAUUAAAAACUUACAUCAUACUACACCUAAAUCGGCUAUAACAGAAGCAAUAGAAAACACAGGCAAUAAGGUUCGAGGCGAGAUCGUUUGUGGAAUAUCCAGAAAAAAUAAAAAACCUCUAAACAUGUUCUUCGUGAACAUUGAGCCUGGCCCUAAUAACACAGUAGUUAAAAGCAUACAAACCAUAUUCCACACGAGGGUCACCAUUGAAGACCCAAGGAAAACAAAUGAAAUACCACAGUGUACCAGAUGUCAACAAUAUGGCCAUACCAAAAAUAACUGUAUGCGUCCAUACAGGUGUGUCAAAUGUGGGCAAGGACACAGAACAACUGACUGCCUGAAAAAGGAUAGAAACUCGCCAGCCACUUGUGCCCUCUGUCUAGGAGAUCAUCCAGCUAACUAUAAAGGGUGCCAAGUAUAUAAGGAGAUCCGCUCACGAAAAAUGAUACAUGCUGGUAACAGAAACUUUCCUCUAGUCAAGACAAAAGCCACAGAUACAUUUAAUCACAAAAUAGAAGACUUCCCCCCAUUAAAACUCUCCAGAUACACCAAACAACAAUCAACAAAUAAGCAGGAAAUAAACACUUUGCACCCACCAGAAUUCCUCCGGAAGGAAGUCACUUAUCUAGGGCACAUAAUUGGUCAAAAUGGCGUUCAACCUAACCCAGAUAAAGUCAGAGCCGUCACAGAAUUUCCCACACCUAAAUCACCUAAGGAUAUAAAAUCGUUCUUAGGUCUUGUGUCAUACUAUAGACGGUUUAUACAGGACUUUUCUAAACUAGCUAAACCUCUAACUAACUUACUCAAAAAAGAUGUGCCCUUCAUAUGGGAAAAUACCCAACAGUUAUCAUUCGAAAGUUUAAAGGAUAAACUUGUUUCCGCCCCCGUAUUAGCCUAUCCUGAUUUCUCUCAACCCUUCAUCCUUACCUGUGAUGCUUCAAAUUACGCGAUUUCCGCUAUUUUAUCCCAAGGUCAAAUAAGUCAAGACCGUCCCAUAGCAUUUGCAUCCCGCACUAUGAAUAAAGCAGAAUGCAACUAUAGUGUCACGGAGAAAGAAUGUCUUGCCAUAUUGUUCGGCACCAAAGUAUUUCGCCCUUACCUAUAUGGCAACCGAUUCUCCAUUGUUACUGACCAUAAGCCCCUACAAUGGCUCUUUAAUUGUAAAGAUCCUGGUUCAAGAUUAAUCCGUUGGCGACUUAAACUAGAAGAGUUUGAAUACGAUAUAAAAUAUAAAAAGGGUAAAAUAAAUUCCAAUGCCGACGCCCUUUCCCGAUUUCCGGUAAAUCCAGUCCAACCGGAAUCUACCUCUAACUCUGAAUCUAAAAUCGAAAACGAACCCUCUCAGGCAGUAGAUAAAGACCUCAUGGAUCUACUAAUAUCUCCACCCUCGUUCGACCCUGAAACGUUAAACUCACCUACGUCAGAUCCUCUUGCUCUGAAUGAUAAUGAUUUACUCCCAUUCCCUGAAAUAAAACCUAUCCCUGAAUCAUCUGAAGUCCUGAAAGAAAACACUAGCAACCACUUACCCUCUACCACACGAUGCUCGCCGACUUCAGACUCUCCAGCUGCAAUACCACUGGCUCAGCAACCAGAUGACAACACUGAAAUCAUUAAUGACUUACCUGAUCUAUCUGACGAUAAUUAUCCUGCAUUCCUGAGGGCACUAGCACGAAAGGAUAAUACGAGUUUUAAUACCAUAAUCCAAGAACACAAUGAAGAUAUAUCUAAAUCCAAAUAUAAAAUAAUUAUCUUACCUACUUCCAUUGACCUUGAUGAGUCAAAUCCAUAUGUCCAAAAUAUCAUGGACAAUAUCCCCAACAGUUCAGAAAUUAUCUCCAAAGAAAGAUCCUUGAAUUCAUUCAUUUCAUUUGAAAAUAAAGAUAAACUAUACUAUCUCCUUUUUUUUAAAGUACAUCAUUUUGAUAAAUCUGAGUAUCCAGACAUCUAUGAGAGCCUUAGAACAAUCAGGAACGAGUUAGUUAUUAAACUCGACCUAGACUCGAAACCUGACAUCUCCAUAACAGAUUUUAAAAACCCAUUUGAUAGUCAUCAAUAUGUUAAAAUAUAUAAUAUGCUUCUCUAUUUAUUCAAUAACAGUAACAUAAAUGUACACGUAUACAAAGGAUCGAUCAUAUACCCAUCGUCGUCUGAAAUCCCCAAGAUACUUAGGGAGAAUCACGACAUUCCUAUUGCUGGACACUUAGGUAGUAAUAGAAUGCUUAAAAGAAUUCAAGAAAACUUCUAUUGGAAAAAUAUGCGGACUGACAUUGAAAAUUUCGUCAAGAAAUGUGUACAAUGCCAGACUAACAAAGCCCUUAGACAAAUAAAUCGGGCCCCCAUGCAAAUAACAAGCACAUCCACUCAACCCUUUCAGCGAAUAUCCUUAGAUAUAGUCGGGCCACUACCUGAAGCAGGUCCCGCCAAAUUGAGGUACAUACUAACCAUCCAAGAUGAUCUAACAAAAUUCUCUUCUGCUUACCCGAUUCGAACCACUACUGCAGAAGAAACUAGUGAAUGUCUUCUUCACUAUAUAUCUAUCUUUGGCAUUCCAAAAAUGAUCCUCACAGAUCAGGGAACUAACUUCACAUCGGACCUAUUCCGCAAAACUUGUGAAUUCCUUAAAAUAAAGAACCUUUGGUCGUCCCCGUACCAUCCGCAGACGCAAGGCGCCCUUGAGCGCAGUCACUCGACUCUCAAAGAAUACCUUAGAUCUUUCGUAAAUGAAGAACAGUCCAACUGGCCCAGAUACGUGUACACAGCCAUGCUUACCUAUAACACAUCCGUUCAUUCAACAACCAAUUUCACCCCAUUCGAACUAACUUUCGGAAGCAAACCUCUGAUCCCAAAUUCUAUCUAUGACGAAGCCCCAGGAGCAACUUACCCUGACUAUGUCCGCAUGCUUCAGAAUAGAUUAAAGUAUUGUAGAGACAAAGCCUUGGACUCCAUAAGGAGAUCCAAAGAAUCUUCCAAAAAUUACUAUGACACUCGCACUCGCCCUGCGAAAUACAAAGUCGGUGAUUACGUGUACCUGAAGAAUCACCUGCGAAUGCGCAAGGCACUUUCACCACAGUGGAAAGGGCCUUACAAGGUAAUUAGAAUCAACGGAAACAACACACUUACCUUACUCAUCAACCGACGUCACGUCAUACAUCAUUAUGACCAAGUGAAGCUGGCAGAAGCAGCUCCGUAAUUUAGGAAAUAAACACAUAAUCUUAAAAUUACUCUAGACUUACCUUAGGUUAUCUUUACAGUUCAGCUCAGAGUCAACCUAACCAGAGUUUCAUCGAGCCAAUCAACUCUAGUUCCGGACUCUACUUCGAUUAUUUAGGAAAGCUACGAAUAAACAAUAUUCAACUUAGUAUAGUAAUACCUGUAGACAUAUCUCAUUUCAAACCACAUAUUGAUAAUAUCAAAUCAGCGCUUUUAGUUACUGGAAAUUUAUGUAAACAAACCAGAAUUAUAGAGAUUAUCUCCAUUUGUUAUAAUAAUUUAAAACCAUUGUCGGCCCGUUUCCAAGAUAUGAGUAAGGAAUUAACAUCAAUCUCACAUUUAAUUGAUAACAGGACAAAACGUUCCGCCUGGAUUAGUGGUGCAGGAACAAUCUUAAAGAAAAUAUUCGGCACCCUAGAUGAAAACGAUGGCCUACAAUAUGACGAAACUAUCAAAACAUUACAACUCAAUGAAAAGAAAUUAGCUUCAUUAUUAAAAGAGAAUAUCUUAAUAACCACUUCUGUUUUAACUCAGUAUAACGUUACAUUAAGUAAAAUAAUAGAGAACGAGGCAAACUCAAAAGAAGCCAUUGAUAGACUUUCAGUGAGUGUUAGAAACAUUACUGAAACCACAAAUGGUUUACAAAUACAAACAAAUGUCAAUGAAGUUAUCAAUGCGCUCGAGACAUCGAUACUUACUCUAUCUUUUCAACUAGAAGAUAUCACUAACGCUAUCCUAUUUAGCACCCAAAAUAUUUUACACCCUGCAAUAGUAACCCCUACACAACUCCACAAGGAACUAGUAGAUAACUAUAGACAUUUACCCAGUGACCUUGAGUUGCCUGUAUCUUUAGAUAUUAAGUCCAUACAUGUUAUCUUAAGUAUUUCUAAGUUAGUUUGUUUCUAUACUAGUAAUAAGGUAGUAUUUAUAUUGCAAGUGCCAAUGGUAAAAACUCAAGAAUAUCUGCUAUUUCAUAAUAUUGCAUUACCAACACCACACAAUACUUCAAACCCAAACACUUUCAGUUUAAUUCUCCCUGAUAACAAAUACAUAGCAAUGACCAAAGACAAAUCCUACUAUUGUGUUUUCAAUAGUUUGGAAAUUUGUAAAAUAGUGACUUCUGGAAAUUAUAUCUGUGAUAUUGAAAAUGUGUAUUCUACUGAUGCAAAACCUACAUGUGAAAGUGAACUCCUUACCAAGGUAAUUAGCGUGAAACCUGCUCAAUGUCAUACGAAGACCCUCAUUGGAAAAGUAAAUAUCUGGAAAUCCCUGAUCAAUAAUAAAUGGAUCUUUGUACAGUCAAAACCUAACAAAAUAUCGAUAGACUGUUUAAAUAACAAAUUAAAAGAAACCACCAUUUCAGGUACAGGGAUAUUAAGUAUCCCCAAAAAUUGCAUUGUCCACUGUAAAGCUACCACACUUAUACCUAAACAAAACAAUUUUAAUAUAACUUCACCAAUCAGACAUUUUCCAGAUUUUAACUUAAUUGAAGACUCUUGUUGUUCCAUAAAAACAGUAUAUGAAAAUGCCAGUAAUAUACUCCCUGUAAAACUAAAUAACAUAGACCUAGAUGAUUUACAUACCAAUUAUAAUGAUAAGAUAAAGUCUAUUUUAAAUGACCUUGAAUUUGUAACAAAUCCAACAACCCCUCAUAUUGUAACAUAUGGUAAACACUAUUCUAUUGUAACACUGGCAAUUGUAAUCUUUAUACUUAUAUUUCUUAAUUACCUAGUUUAUAAGAAAAUUUGUCAACGAUAUAACCGUUCCCGUAGGAAUAGAGCAAAUAUUUGUAUAACAUCAUCUCAGCCUGAACCUUCAA